AUGGCUUCUACGUCAAAGAAAAAAGAAGCAGUUUCAGAAGAAGUUCAUAUCCUAAACAACUAUGUUGAAGAACCAGUUACUUAUGUUGCUGCGGGUACUCCUUGGUCCGUGAAACAAGAUUUAAUGUUGAUAGAAAGAGGUAACGAAGAACUCUUAUUAGAAGAUUAUGAAUUCAUAUAUGUUGUCUUCGGUUUACACAUUUAUGGACUUCCAUUAAGUAUGUUGAAUGCUGUGAAAGUGUCUAGUAUUGUAAGCAUAUUUGGUACACCAGAACUAAUAGAUCCAGCAAUGGCUGCUAAAUGGGGUAAAUAUGCCAAAGUGAGAGUUAGAUUAGAUAUAAAAAAACCGCUACCAAAGGAUAUGGAGAUUACCCUGAAGUCCAAAAAGAAGAUUACAAUCACGUUCAGAUACGAGAAGGUGCCAAGAUUAUGUUUCCAUUGUGGUUAUUUCGGCCACAUAAUGAAACAGUGUCCUCACUUAUCCAAAAAACUGGAAGAGGAUACAUCCCUAAGUACAGAUGAUAUCAUGCAGAGAUUGAAUUAUAGAUCUUAUGCAAGAUACAAUGAAGAGAUACGGGCAUUCUACAAGAAUACAUAA